AUGGAUGAAAAUCCGCACUGGAACAUCCAACAUGCCAUCGAACACUUCAUUGGGCCUCGAACCUCGCCUCCUCCAGUCGAGCCUGCUGCAGUCGUGGAAUAUCCACCAGUGCCAGUUUCCUUCGGAAGUAGUGGGCCACGCAAGAAGCCAGUCCCUGCACACCUGCCGCCGGUCCUCAGAUUCCAGCCGCCAGUACUCGAAUGGAAUUUGGCAGCUGAGGUGCAACAGGAAGAUCAGGCACGGGAACAUUCACUUGGACUGUCAGUCCUCGCACCCAAGCCGCCAGCACUCGCACAUGAGCUGCCAGUACUCGCACCUGAGCCGCCAGCUUGGUAUGAGAUCGCAGUCGAGGCGCCCCUUACGCCCGGCCACUUGCCGGGAACCUAUGUUCUCCUGCCAGUUCCUCUAUGGCAGGCUCGUCACGAUCUGGCACCCGACGUCUGGCCCACGAAAGUCACUGCACUGGUGAAGGCGUAUGGCCCCUUUCCGGAGCGGACUGUCAUUAUCGUGUCCAUAAGACACAGCCGCGGAACCGACAUGACCAAAGAGCAAUACGACCGAAACGUGGCACGCUGCGUUGAGGCUGCUUCGACCCUCAUCCGCCACAUCAGAUCGCUAGGAGGGCAAGAAAACCGGCAGUUCUUGAUCUACCACUGGAUUCGAACCGUCAUUGGCAGCGCAGAUGAUUGGUUCAUGAUGUCCUUUUACCUGAACAUGUUCCGAAAUGGAAUACCUCGCACGAUGCUGUCCAGUUGCAGACUUAAGGAACUCGAGUUCGUUUUGGACAACCUCCAGCCCAACACUGCGGUCUGGUGGCUAUCCAUCGGCAUUGACGCGCUCACCACCGACAUCGAGAACCUGAGAAAGGUGCAGAUUCGCUAG